AUGGAGUCGGAAAGAGAAGCGCCAGUGUCCGGAAACCUUGAUGCGCAGCCACCGAGGGACUCGAAGUGCCAGACUUCAAAGGAGGAGGAGGAGGAGCCGGAGGGAGGCGCGGCGGCUGGAGUGGCUACUGAAGGCACGCAGGCGGAAGGCGCCAGUGCAGACGGGCUAUGGGAACUACCGGUGGAGCCAGCCGAGCGGAGGCCGGAGUGCCGCCGCUGCAGCCGUCCUCAGAAAGUGUGUUUAUGUCCAUUUCUACCAGUGCAUCCUCUACACAUCUCUACUCACUUAUACAUAAUUCAACAUCCAGCAGAGGAAAGCAAAGUGUUACGGACAGUCCCUCUACUAGCAGCAUGCCUCCCUCAGGAGAAAUGUAAAGUCAAGAUUGGUCGUCGCUUCAGUGAAGAAAGGGACCCUGAACUUUCAGCUGUUUGUCGAAACUCUGGUACAUUAAUAUUAUACCCAGGGCCAGAAGCUGCUAACUUGGAAGACUUUAUAUUAGAAUCUCCUAUUUCACCUUCUGCAAUCAUCAUAAUUGAUGGAACAUGGAGCCAAGCUAAGGAUAUUUUCCAUAAAAAUUCCUUGUUCAGACUUCCCAAACAGGUGCAAUUAAAACCUAAUGUUCCUAGUCAAUAUGUAAUUCGAAUGCAGCCAACUAGUAGUUGCCUAUCAACACUGGAGUGUGCAGCCAUUGCUCUUUCCCUCAUAGAGAAAAAUCUGUGCAUACUAGAGAUUUUGUUUCGACCUCUUCAAGCUUUAUGCUCCUUCCAGCUUCAGCAUGGUGCUCAGAUUCGCCCCAGCAAGGAAUAUCUUCUCAAAAAUGGAUUAUAUCUUAAGCCCAUGCCAAAGAACAAACGCAAACUCAGGAAAAUGGAACUACUGAUGAACAGUGUUAAAAUUUAG